AUGACUGAGAAUGAAUAUGACAUUUACGUUUGUACACCACUGAUACGUUUUGCAUUUUUAGGAAAAAAUGACAUACGUAUUUCUAGUGGUGAAGUUUCGUCAAAAUCAUAUGAAAGUCUUAAAAAACUUGCCCAGUUACAAACUAGAUCUGGACCAAGACUUGAUGCCAAAGCAUUUAUUUUAUCAACUGGAGUAGAAGUAUUGGUUCAAGAAAAUGCAAAAAAUGAUAUUUAUAGUAAACGGACAAAUGACUUGUCAAAAUUGGAAUACUGCACCAAAAUCUUACUGUCAAGUGCUUUUCUGGCCUUACCUCCUGCAGCUCAAUCUGAAAUAUAUAAGUUUGAAACUUACACAAUUCAAACCAAUGAACUUACGUUAAAAUUGGGUGUAUCAUCAUAUAUGUUUGAAGAAGUGAUAUGUAUGCUUGAAUUAACUGAAAUAACCAUUCCACAAACCAUAGAAGCAUUUCCAAAAUGCAUAGAAGCUAUAUACAAGGUGCUUUCAUGGAAAUCUCGUUCACGAAGAAAUACCAAUAUUUAUCAUGAAUUGUUAAGUAAGGCUUCAAGCGAUUUAAAAAAAAAGAAAUUUUUUCCAUCACCAAGGUUAUUAAAUCCUAAUUACAUCCAUGGAAAGUCAAAAGAUGGUAAAAAAAUAUUAGAAAGACUUUGGCAGGUCGAAUUAUAUUGUGCAUUAAAAGAACAUUUGUAUGAAAAAGCAAAUAUUUCAUUAGAAGUAGGAAGAAUGUAUUGUGAUGAUGGAAUAAUUGACCUUUAUAUUCCAAAGUAUGGGUGGGGGAUCGAGUUGCUUAUUGAUGGAGUGGGGAUGAAGGAACACUAUAGCAGAUUCAAAGAAGAUGGCAAGUACUCUCUAAUACCAAUGAAAGAUUAUAUCAUCUUAGAUAUAAGACAAACAGUGAUGGCAAAAAAACUUUAUCCUAAAACAUGGAAGGUCAAUAAAGGAAACGAUGAAAAUAAAGAAAAUGAAUCAAUGAUAAUGAAGAAGGACCGGGAGGAAUUCAAAAGAGAAUUCAAAGCCAUGAAAGAUGAAGAGAAAUGGGUACUUUCAACAGGGAAAGUUGUAGAGGACCGAUUAUAUGCUUUUGACCCAGAAGAUAUUAUUUAUUUAAAAAAUUCAAUAUUUACGAAAGAAGAAUUGACAGAAAUAAUCUUAGAAUAUUUGAAUAGUUUUCGUACUAAUAACACAAAAGAUCUGAGAAAGAAUAUUUUUAAAAAGGAAUUGUGGGAUGACUCCUAUGACAUAAAAAAAUAUAUAGAUGUGGAUUGGGUCCGAAAUAGUGUUUAUAAUCUGCUCCUUGAAUAUGAGAAUAAUUCAUUGGAUAAACAUCACUUGGAAAUGUGGUAUAAUCUACAUGUCUGGAGUAUGAUGGAUAAAGCAUUUGAAAAUCUUGAAAAUGUGGAGGCUGUCAGGGUUGUCCCUGCAACCUCUUCUUUAAAAAGAAAGAUCCUAGGUAGUAGGUGUGAUCUGAUAGUUAGGAGGGGGUUCCUAGAAUUCGUGUGUUCAGAAGUAGAAAAAUUCUAUGAAGGCCCAAAAGGGACUAAAUUAUUAAAGGAAAGUUCGUUGAAAAUCCCCAAAGUUUUAAAAGACAUGUUGUAUGAUUUACACCAACAUGUGAACUUUGAUGAAGAUUCUUUAAGAAAAAUGGAAACUAUAGGAUUUGCACAUGCUGGGUUGAAAGUAAUCAUGUUAAGGUUGGACUCCCCAACUGGAUAUGUUUGUAGGGUAUUAAGAACAAAUAUGUUUGAAAUUCCUUCAAACAUUAAAGAAUUUGGUUCAAAAGCUUUAAACGUGUUAGUUAUGGCUUUAAAAGCAAAAUUAAUUGUACAAAAAAACAUAGAGCUUCUUGAACAUCAGGGCUCAAAAGAAGCUGAGAAGCAACUUCUAGACUUACAAGAAUGUUGUAAAACAACAACUAGCACAACAAAUUUGUUCUUUAAAUUACCUCUCACAUUAAGUAAAAAUUAUCCAUGA